AUGUUGGGCGGACUUUUCAGCGUGCACCAGCCGCCAGACAAGCCAGGGAGCCAAUGUGGAGAGACAAACUUGAGAGAACUUGGUCGCAUGCAGGCCAUGAUCUUCGCAAUCGAACGAAUAAACAAUGACACAAGUCUUCUUUCUAACAUUUCCCUUGGAUAUGACGUAAGGGAUUACUGUGGAAACCUUUCAAAAGCUGCAAGACUUGUUUACAAACUUUUGACUAUUGAUACUUGUGUUAAUUUAAGCCAAAAUGCCACAAGAAAGAAAGCCAUUAUUUCUUUAAUAGGCCCAAGCGAAUCGAGCACUGUGCUAUUUAUUGCAGGAUUUCUUCGGAUUCUCAAUGUUUCGAGCAUUAGCGGAUCAGCUACUAGUGCUGAACUUAGCUCCCUUACCUAUGAUCAUUUAUUUCGAACAGUGCCUUCGGAUACUUUACUUGCAAAAGCGAUGGUUGACUUGGUUACACACUUCAAUUGGAGUUAUGUUGCUGUCGUUGGACUUGAUGAUUCGUAUGGACGAAAUGGAGUAUGGGCAAUAGUUAGCGAAAGUACUUCAAGAAAAAGCACUUUCUGUAUUGCUUUGACGGAGUUUAUACGGCUCGAAAGUCUGACUCUGAGUAUUUCGAACGUUGUUCGAAAGCUUAAACAGAUGGGUAAUAUCAGAGUUGUGAUCUUAUGGCUAUACAAAAAUUACCAAACGAAGUUUUUGGCAGAGGUUCAGAGGCAAAACCUAACUGGACGUGUUUGGAUUUUAGGCGAGGUUCACUUAACUUCUACACUGCCAGUAGAAGGUAUUCUCGACAGCUCUUUGGGAUUUCUAUGCCAUGAAUUCAGCGACUCUGGUUUCAAGAAAUAUUUAAAAGAUAUAUUGGUCAGGGAGAGAGACAGUAAAAGUUUUCCUGAAUGGAAUUACAGUACAAGCGAAAUAUGGAAGCUUUUGAAGAGCAAGAAGUGUGUUCAUCGCCAAAUUGAGCAAUGCACUAAAGACUUGAUUGAAGAAAUCUACAGCUCCUAUGUUCCAAACAUCAUCGACGCAGUAUAUACCGUGGCACAUGCACUACAUAUUUUCAAUAAAAAUUUUAGCUAUAACGAGACCAAAGAUCGGGCGAAAUUGCAGGUAGCCAAUAGUUUUGACGUGCAGAAGCUUCUUGGCAAAGUCAGUUUUCACGGACUAACUGGAAAAAUCAACUUCGAUCGAUUUGGUGACAGGGGCUCGGCCUAUUAUGACAUUUUCAGGUUUAAAAAAGUACCCAAUGGAGAUGUCGAGAGCAUAGAAAUGGUGCUGAUAGGAGAAUGGAAAAAUUCAAAGAGAAACAAAACUCGCUUGAUUUUUCAUGAAGCCCUGAAUUGGACGAUUACAUCUGGUCGCCCUCCCAAAUCUGAAUGCUCGGAACAAUGUCCUCCCGGAACAAGGAAAUCUUUUACCUCUCCUUGUUGUUGGCAGUGCCUUCCAUGUCUUGGUGGAACCGCCAGCCCAUCCGCUGGUUCUGAAAGCUGCAGUGAAUGCCCCAUCGGAACAAUGUCUAACCAGGCUAAGACAGAGUGUGUCGCUUUACCCUCUGCGAACAUAAGUUAUAGUAGUGCGAGUGGAAUUGUAAUUCUUACCUUUGCUACGCUCGGUGUAGUUGCUACAUUUCUUUGUCUGGCAGCCCUCUAUAAAUUCUGGAAUAGUCCCAUUGUAAAGGCUUCCAAUCGAGAAGUAAGCCUUAUUCUUUUACUCGCAAUUCUGUCCUUAUUGUCUUUGGCAUUCAUAAAUGUCUUUAUAUCCACCAAUGCAAUUUGCAAGAUCAUAUACCCGUUACGUUAUCUGACCUAUAACUUCUGUCUCUCCAUCUUAUUGGUUAAGGUGUUGCUUAUUUCCAGUGCUUUUCAGGUUCCCAUUUCGACCAGUUUGGAAUUCACUUCUCUCUCAAACAAAGCACAAGUUGGGAUUGUUAUAGCAUCUCUAGCUCCACUGUUGUUGGUGUUGAUGCCAUGGUUGCUUUUGGAUCCACCCUUUAACAAGCAACAUAUCUAUCCGAAACGUUACACCUUUAACGAAUGCAAGGCAUACUCCAGCUCAGUUGGAAAAUCUCUAUUCUUAGCAACAUGUUUUUAUAUUUUCUUCCAAAUGCUUUUGUCCACGUUCUGUGCCUUUAAGAUUAGGAAGAUUCCUGAAAAUUUCAGCGAGGCCAAACGAAUAGCCUUUUCCAUGUACAUAUUUUUGUUCUCAUUGCUUUGUUAUCACCCGGUAGAAUUGUCCAUGGUUGGAUGGUAUGUAACGGUUGUGGAUUGUGUAACAACUCUGCUGAGCGCCUAUGGUUUCCUUUGUUGUCUAUUUUUGCCCAAAAUGUAUAUUCUGUUCUUUAGGCAGGAGAUAAACGAUGUGAAUGGCAUCAGACAUGAAGUCACUCAGUUCUCGUUUAGAUCAAGUACGCGUACGUACGUAUACGGAAACCGUGCUUUUGAUAGUACUAAGAUUAGUAAUUUUGAUAGUACUUAAGAUUAGUAAAUUUGUUUGAGUGUGCCAUAGACCUCUAAGGAAAUGAAAUGUGAAUCCCUUAUUGAAGAAAAUUUAUGCCUUUAAUUAGCACUGCAUCACAAUUAAAGGCUUCAAGAUAUGAAAACAAGUAAUAUUGUGAUGGAUUGUUUCUUUUUACGUUUCCAGGAUGGCUUAAUUCUCUUCUACUGACUUCGCCAUUAACCAUUGCUAAGCCUUCGCCGUCCAAAUAGGACACAUUACAAUUAACAACACUGGAAACUAGUCUACAUUGCUUUCAUUUUGGCUAAACCGGGUAAAUUUUUUUACAUCAGCAUAAUUUGUGGCUUGGAAGAAAAAGCAUUUGUGACCUAAAGCAAAAGCCUCGUCUUCUUUCUUUAUUUCCGCAACAUUUGCUUCUUGCGUGGCUAAUUAGGGAACAUUUUGCCACCGCAAUGAUGUUUCCAAGUUUAGCCAGGCCUUUGGGCAAAUGCUUCGAUAAUUAAACUGCAUGAAGAUGAGAAUGAUGUUAGCUGUUAUGAACACUACUUAAGCAGUAACGCCAACAAAAAAUUAAAAAAACAAAAAUAAGGAAGAAGACUUACUGCGCAUGAAUUGGGAAGGAGAUGAACGAUGCGCCUAGCAUCAGACAAGAAGUCACUCAGUUCUCGUUUAGUUCAUUCAAAUUGUAUACGUAAAGUCGCGUAAACCCAGUUUUGAUAGUUCUAAUAAGGAAGCUAAGUCGUAAAAUAAGCUUUCUUAAAAUCAUUGUGUUAUUUUGAGUGUGUCAGAGACUUCUACAUGUACGUAAAUAAAAAAUAGAUCUAUGAUUGAGGAAAAUUUAUGUUAUUAACUGACACUUUAUUGAAACAAUAUUUAUAACUUGACUUUUGCAUAGGCAGUAACGAUUAAAAUCAUUAGGAAAUGCUGCUAUGGAUCGUUCCUUGUUAUGUGUGCAGGAUUGUUUAUUUUGUAGGAGGGUUUCCUUCCCGAUGGCUAAGCAAGGAAACCUUGCGGAUGAGGAAGACAAAUGGCCACGUGUGCACUGAAUAAUAGAGUGACCCUCUGUAUUUUUCAUUUGCAUUUUUGAUCUUCCUUUUUUUCCCUCUCCUGUUUUGGGACCUAUCAGAGUCUCCUCGAUUUCGAUUUUGCCGCUGGCCAUUGUUGACGGUCCCAGUUCUUAGGACACAUUGAAGAGCUGCGAUGGAAACUAGUCAACACUUAUUUCGUAGUGGCAAAGCCGCUAAAAAUAGUUUUAGAAAGCAUCAUGUGUGUCAUGUGAGCAAGAAAGCAUUGUCUUUUUUCUUAGCCGCUAAACCUGUCUCUGCAGUAAAUGUUUCUGGUCUGGCUAACUAAAAAACAUUUGCUUCUGUUUCCUUCUUUAAUCAGGCUUUCGGGAAGAUGCGUAGAUAAUUAAACUGUAUGAGCCACAAGGGGGGGGAUAUUGUUCAUCUUGCCCCGGUGGAAGGGGACUUUAAAGUAGUUUGGUUGCGUCACUAUAAAAUUUACCUGAUCUCUCCACAAGGUUCUACAUUAUUCGACAGGUCCUUGCUCUUUCACCGUGAAUUUCACGUUUCUUUAGUCCUCACUUAAUAUUCCGUUGGGGAAUUCUGAUGCGCGCUCCGUUCCUCAAAAAUCCUAUGCGUCAUAGCAUAGUGAUUUACCAGGCAUUUAUACAACGGUGUUCUUGAGAAGUUGCAUUUACAAAUUGAGAUGAAUUUACAGCGAGCCUCAAGAUACCUGAUAUAAUUAAGAGAACAUUCUAGAGUAGAGUUUUUAUUGUCUAGGGAGGAAUAUCUGGCUCAGCAGUGUUAAUUAUAAUUUGGUUGACAACUUUCGGAAAGUUGUCCACAAGACCCUACGACACAUAUUUCCCUACACGAGGGAAGGUCACUACAUGGUCAAGGAUACACACUUGCCCUUGAAUCGGUUUUCUGGUUUUUAAAGGAUAAAAGAUACGGGUAUGGAACAUCUUUCGCUUACAUCAGACCUACUGAUUCUGUUUUCCAUCCCAUAGUUAUGUACCAAAUAUUUCAGCUUCACGAAAAUUAGGUAUUUGUAUUGCAACUUCAAAAGUAAAACCCCUCAUGCUGUUAAUGACUCUAUUAAAUCUAAGGUCAAAUGAACACUACAUAAUCAAUCAAGCCUAAAUUUCUAAACAUGAACUCUCUUAGUUGCCCCUCUUUAGGGAAUGAUUUUCACAUAGUGCAUACUUUCAGCAGCAGUUGACAAAAGGAUGUGAAUUGAGUUCUUUAUUAAAUGUAUGUUAAAUCCUCAAUGACAUGAAAUAUGCCAAGCCAAGCCGUCUAUGUCCCACAUAUUACCUUUCAAUGUAGGCGACUAAUCAACUUGAAGGGGUUACUUUCUUUUUCCCUCUUAAUAUUUGAUUUUACACUGGGUAAGUGGCGGCUUUUUCGGGAUUCCGUUGCAAAAAGAAAUGGUAUCGAAUCCUUGAAAUCCCUGAAGUUACGAUCUGAUGAUAUAAGUUAGCAGAUGCCGAGUCAUCACGUAUGAUCUUAGUAAAAGGGAAAUGGAUUUGAUGGAUACUGACACUGACUCUCUGUUUGUUUGAUUGAUAACAUAUAUUUUUCUUGAUCUUUUAUUUACAUUUAGGAAUAUCAGCAGCUGGCAAUAAAGAGGAUUGCCGCUGUUGCUGCUCUUCGUUAUCAAUGAAUACUGCUAAUUCUUAUUUAUUGAAAUGUAUUAUACCAUGUAAAUUAUUUCGAUGAUCAUUUUGUGUUACCAGCCUAAAUAACGUAGGACACAACGAAGUAAAAAAAAGGAAAGGAAAUAUUCUCAUGGAAACAUGUCGUGUUUUUUAAAAUUUCUGUUUCCAGGUGUGCUUCAGGUUUGUGGUUUAGUUCGAUAUUGCUUUUAAACAUAAGAUCAGUUGAUUCCUGUAACCCUAUAUUCUGCUUGGUGGUUUUAUGUGUCUUGUUUUUGAAUGUUGGUUCGCUUUUUAGUCCAUUCUUGUCUCGUUUUGUUUUGUGUUGUUUUGUUUAUGGACGAAGUGGAAUAUGGGUAGUAGUUAACAAGACUACGUCAAGAAAAAGUUAAUUCUGUAUUGCUAUGACGGACCUUAUACUCCGUGGAAGUCUGAACCGCAGCAUUUGGAAAGUAGUUAUAAAACCAAAGCCGGAGAUGCACAAAAUCAAAGUUGUGAUGUUGUGGUGCUACGCGCAUUACCAAACGAAGGUUUUUUCGAAGAGGUACACAGGCAAAACCUAACUGUCUGAGAGUGUGUGUGUGCGUGUGCGUGCGUGCGUGCGGUUGUAAAUUACUUAAGUAUUGAUCAGCGUAUAAUGGGAAACAGCUGUUAAAAUCAAGUUUAAAGGAAAUAGCUUGGGAUUUUAGUAAAUCACGAAUAAGUAAUGUCAAUCCUGGUUUAACGUAGUCUAGGCGUGUAUUUCCGUUAUAAUAGCAGAUUAAUAGAAUCGCUAUCCUGUAACAGAAGACUUGAGAGUUGAGAUCGUUUGAAUGUAGGAAGUUCGGAUAUUGGAUGGAUCGUAAAAUAAACGCAAGAAAUCGGAAAGAUACAGUUCCACUGAUUGUCGAGCCAGCGCUCCGCAUAGAUUUUCCUUAACGCAAUAAAGAAUUCUGCAACAAACACUAGAUAAAGCUACGGAAUGCUUUUUUGUUAUGUUUCUGGGAUGGUUUGACCAGCAGAAGGUCUUGCUAGCUUCACCGAUGGCAAAAUAAGAAAACAUUGUUUUGAAAAAGAUAUGGUGACAUCCGGGCAUGGUGAUGUUCUACUUAUCUUCAUUUCUUAUAAUUUAGUGAAAUAUUUAUCUAUUUUAUUGGAAGUUAUUUUAACACUGUUUGCAAGAAGGUAAGUUUGAAUUAAUAUGUAAAUUAUUGUCAAGUUCAGAAAAAUAAGUCCUACUUAGUUGGAGUGGUAUUUGCAUUUGAAAAUUUUUAAUGCGUGUUUAUCUGUAAUUGAAGAAGUAAGUUCUAUAUAGAUAUGUUAUUGUUUUUUCUCUUUAUUCGCCACGCAACAGCUCCAUUUAACAGCUGCGUCAAACUGUCUGGCUAGUUUUCAAUUAUGAAAGCAACAAAGGCAUGGUUCUGUAUUUCUUUUGCUCUUUCCAAUAUAUAUGGUAACUUGUCAAAAAAAAUUGAGAGAGAGAGAAAAAAAGCAAGAGAAAAUGAAAACUUAAGAGCGACGGUUUUAAUUUGUUUUGUCACCAAGCUAGCUUUACAAUGUCCGAGAACGUUUUAAAUUCAUACACCCCUAACAUGUGGUCACCAUUAAUUUAUAGUUUAUAAAUUAAACCAGCGAGCUAGAAGCUCGCAAGUGAUAACGAUUGGCUGUUGUUUGUAGAGUAACACUUCAGGUUUCUAAAUUGAAAUUAACAAAAAAAAAUUACUGAUCACCAUCUUAUCUGCAAAAUACACGUAUGUACAAAUAACUAAUGUCUAUGCGUUGGGUUCACCAACAAGUAAGCGGAGAAAGAAGAGUAAUGCUAUGAGUUCGUUGCACUACCAGUUGUUUCUUUUCUUGUGCUUCUAUGCUGCUGUUCAGGCUCCAUACAGAGAAGGCGAUAGCGUGUACCAGCCGCCAGACAAGCCAGGGAGCCAAUGUGGAGAGACAAAUUGGAGAGACCUUGGUCAGAUGCAGGCCAUGAUCUUCGCAAUCGAACGAAUAAACAACGACACAAGUCUUCUUUCUAACAUUACCCUAGGAUAUGACGUAAGGGAUUACUGUGAAAACUUUUCAGAAGCUGCAAGACUUGUUUACAAACUUUUGACUGUUGAUGCUUGUGUAAAUUUAAGCCGAAAUGCCUCAAGAAAGAAAGUAAUCAUUUCUUCAAUAGGCCCAAGCGAAUCGAGCACUGCGCUAUUCACUGCU